AUGUUGGCAGGCGCUGAUGGAGCUUUCAAGAAGCUGAAGAACGAACCGAUGUCCGGAUCGGGAGGAGUGGGGGGUGGACCCUCCCCUACCGUCGUUCACACUCCCACCACCGCCUCUUGUCCAACACCUGCCCGGCGACGUCAUAGGACCACAUUCACACAGGAGCAAUUAGCUGAACUAGAAGCUGCUUUUGCCAAAUCACACUACCCCGACAUCUACUGCCGCGAAGAAUGGCUAGGACUACAAAACUGA